CAGGCAAAACUAACAUACAUUUAAACAAAGUGGGAAAGCGAUGUGGUCUCUUAACAUUUGUGUUUUAGUGGGAAUUUUUUCCGCUACCCAGUCAGUGACGGUCCCAGGGGUAACGACGACGGAGAAGUACCAGCAGUCCGCCAUUUUGGACGAAGAUGCGAGUUAUAUCUUGUUCUGGAAUUUCAACGACACUCACAUCACGUUCGAGGCUCAUGUGAAGACGAGAGGAUGGGUCGGACUGGGUCUGUCGGAGAAUGGCAAUAUGUUUCCCGCCGACGUGGCAGUUGGCUGGGUCAACGCCGACGGAAGUGUAGAACUACAUGAUAUGCACACGACCGGUCACCGGCCCCCGGUUCUAGACGCCUCUCAGGACUGGUUCUCGGUUCUUGGAAUGGAGAACGACUUUGGAACCGUACUUAAGAUGGUCCGCAAGAUCAAGACGUGUGACAAGGCCGAUGAUAAGGAUAUCAAUUUAGGAACCAACAGAGUGAUCUUCGCAUACGGUGACUCGGACCCCCAUUCACCACAAGAUCUGCAUUACCAUGGCAACCACAGGGGCACAAAGAGCAUGUUCUUUCUCAACCCUGACAAGGGCGAGUCCAACAUUGCCCCCACAGAGAAGGUCAAGCAUCUGGACUUCCUUAAUGACAACUACAUGGUGCCUAACACGACAACCACUUACUGGUGCAAGGCGUUUACACUUCCACCUAUUGGUAAACACCACAUGAUCAAGUACGAGCCGGUGAUCGCCCCUGGCAACGAGAAGCACGUGCACCACAUCCUGUUAUCCCGGUGCCGGCAACCCAACCCGGAACAGUACCACGGUAUGUCUGAGGACUGUUACCAUGGCAAUAAGAUUAUUCCAGAAUGCAGUGAUUACAUUGUGGCUUGGGCCAUAGGCGGUAAGGAAUUUUAUUUCCCCGACGGCGUUGGAUACUCGGUCGGUGCCGCCGACGACGGCAACUACUACCGUAUGGAGACCCAUUACGACAACCCUGAUGCCCGUGCUGAUAUUCUUGAUAACUCUGGUCUGCGGAUCACAAUUACGCCCGACCUGCGGGCCCAGGAGGCUGCGAUGUUGGAGCUGGGGCUGGGAGUGAACGUCCGUCAGGUCAUCCCCCCGGGAGAGACGGACUUUGUCUCGUACGGUCACUGCCACGAGAGCUGUACAACCUUGGCCAUGAACCAGGCAGGUGUCUCCGAAAUCAAGAUUUUUGGCGCCCUGCAGCACUCGCAUCUCCUCGGUGCUGCCAUGACAACCCAUCACUAUCGCAACGGGACGGAACUUCCGCAUAUAGUCGAUGACCCCAACUACGACUUCAAUUUCCAGGAUCUACGGAAGCUGCCACAGGAAGUGUCUGUUUAUCCGGGCGACAGUUUCAGAGUUGACUGCCACUAUAACACGAUGGGCAAGACCAAGCCAGUGCUGGGUGGCCUCUCCACUCAGGAAGAGAUGUGUCUGACCUUCGCCUACUACUAUCCCAAAACACCUCUAUCAAACUGCAUGUCCAGCGCCGUGUUCGCUCCGCAGGGUAAUGAUGAGAAAUGGGUCCGGCAGCAAAUCGCAACAGCAGACUGGUCCAACAAAACAGUUGUCGACUGGUUUAGGACACAGCAGACAUCAGGUCAACAAUGGAAAUGGUGUGGCGGGGACUUUCUCAAUGUGCCUGCCGAUUUCGACUACGUCUGGACACCAACCUACCCAAGCCAGAGCUACACCCCUCCCCCACCGGACUGCUCUUGAUUUAAAAUUUGAGAUUUUUAUUGUGUUUUUUUUUAUAAUAAAAGCACAAAUAUGCA